UGUUUAGUCGUAAAUAUGGGUAAUCAAAUAUAUUAUUUUUGUUUAACUCGUUUUCGAUCCGUCACUUUUGACCCGACCCGACCCGACCCACCAUUUACCACUCCUCCUUUACUUAACUACUUGAAAAACAGAUUCACAGCCGUAGUAGAGGCUUUCAACACUUCGAGUCUACGCGAGAUCAUCUCAUAUUCUCUCAAAUUUAUUGAAGAAAUGGCUCAAUCAGCAAAACCGAUCUCGAGUCCAGUACCUGAUGCGUGGUACCCAACCCUAGCAGUGUUCAUGCUUGCAAUUGGUCUUGUUGUAACUGCUUCAUUUUUCAUCUAUGAAGCUACUGCUCCGAGGAAAUACCGUAGUCUUGCAAAGGAGCUUGUAACAGGGACAGUAGCGUCUGUUUUCUUGGGUUUUGGAUCCUUGUUUUUGCUACUUGCUUCCGGCGUAUAUGUUUGAUCCAUCUACAUGGAUAGAGAUAUGAAGUUUUUUACUAAUGUUUCUACAUGAACGGUUUUGAGUACUGCUGUGAUUUUAUAUGACUUAUCGUUGAAGACCGUAUCUAUAGAACUGAUUAUUAUCACCUAGUCUAGUCUGAGAAUUUAUUACUUAAUGGCAAGCAUUGGAGAACUAGUUGAAAAUUUUCUGAGGUACAAGAAAAUACUUCUUAUGAUCAAUUACUUUAUAGAACAAAAAUGAGUGUAUCCCUUUGUUAUGUUUUUUCUUGAGCCACGGGUUUAUUGGAAACAACCUCUUUACCUCCUGAUGCAGGGGUAAGGAUCCCUUUGCUUGGGUUUAUUGGAAACAACCUCCUUACCUCCUGAGGCAGGGGUAAGGAUCCCUUUGCUUGGGUUUACCAACAAAAAAACUAUACAGUCGAAGUCUCUCUAUAAUGACGUUGUUUGUUUGUA